GGUGACAAGCGCCGAAAGGUUUUUACCAUGGUAAUACGCUACCAAUGGGGUAGCAAUUUAAUGUGAAGGAGAGGGAAAAAGGGAGACGUGUUCAUCAUCCCCUUGGCACCAAUUUAUCUCGUGUUGCAGACUUGCAUUGAUUUUUACAAGAAUAAGUCAGCUUCUUCAUUACCAAACCUGGAAGCGACAGCGAUUUUCUCGACAACAUCUCUCCUGAACUUUGAUGCGCUUGUUUAUGGUUUUCUCGCCUUUAGUGCUGGCCGGCCCUCAAGUGUAAUUGUGGAAUACCUAGGACCAAAAUCCAAUGGGGGCAGUUGUUCCAUCUAGACCUCGAUGCUCCGUUCCUGCAUUAUCGUUUUUGCAUUUUUAAUAUGUGCAUUUUGUUUAAUUUGAAAAUGAAAGUUUUUAUUCUUUGUGAUUUUGGGUUUUUCUUUAUAUGUAGAUUUUAGACUGGAUUGAAGUGGGGUGAGAUACAUUCUAUAAAGGAAGGUAAUUUUUCCCCUGGUACUGGCUGCCCCUCAAGUGUAAUUGUGGAAUAUCCAGGACCAAAAUCCAAUGGGAGCAGUUGUUCGUAAUACACCUCAAUGCUCGGUUCCUGGAUUAAUUUGUUUUUUGCAUUUUUAGUAUGUGCAUUUUGUUUAAUUUGAAAGUGAAAGUUUUUAUUCUUUGUGAUUUUGGGUUUUUGUUUGCAUGUAAAUUUUAGACUGGAUUGAAGUGCGGUGAGAUACAUUUUAUAAAGGGAUUUUUUAAAUAAAGAUCUGGGUUUUGGAUUAUAUAUUGUUUUGACUACGGUUAUUGAUGGCAACUCCGAGUGGACCUCGUCCGGGGAAUAUCCCACCAAUUUAUACUCCUAAUUCUCUUGCUAAUAAUAUGCAAGACUUGCAAAUUAAUCAACCUAAUCUGCAACAGCCAAAAAAUCCUACUGGUGGUGCCUCUAGACCACCUAUCACUUUACCAUUUGGUCAGCAGCCUCCACCUUUUGCUGGAACCCGGCCAGGUCCACCUCUGCCCAGUGCCUUUACAGGGGGGCCUGGGCUCCCUAGCCCUAGUGGCCCCCCGAAUACAUUGUCACCAAAUGUGGCAUCUACUAGGCCCACUGGCCCACCACCUGGAUCUCAGCCUUCUCCUCGUUUCACUUUGAGACCGCUUCCUCCUGGGUUGCUGCCAUCUUCUAUGGGUGCUGCCACUGUUUCCGUUGCCAGUGGUUCUUCGCCGCAAUUGGGACCUGGUCCUCAUCAACAACCAUACGUGUCUUCUGGUUUGAUGUCCGGUCCUGCUGUCCCACCACCGUUAAGCACUUCUGGUCCACUUAGUAAUGGACUGUCCAGGAUCACAACUGCACAACCCCAAGAUGGCCCACGUUUCCCUCCUGUCAUGGGUAGUACACCGCAGCCACCUCCAAUUGCAGCACCGCAGCAAGCAAGAAUACUAUCAUCUGGAUCAUCUUCCCAGCACCCACAACUAUGGGACAGAUGCGAUACUUCUUGAGAAUGGAAGUGGCCACUUCAAAGAAAGGUAUUAGUGUUUUGCAACGGAAGUACAUACUUGAUUUUAUGAAACUGGCAUGAUUGAAUGCAAACCAAGUGUUAUACCACUAUAGGUAGGAAGAAAAGAUGAAAGCAUGAGAAAGUCACUCGUAAAGGACAGAUAUCAGCGACUAGUUGGAAAAUUAAUCUCACACUAGCCUUGAUAUUGCAUUCGCAGUGUGAUAAAUCGACACAUGUACUCUCCAAAGGAAGUUCACUUGGAAGCAAUAUACAAAAUCCUCAAAUAUCUCAAAUGUAUCCCUGGAUAGGGACUAUUAAUAAAAAAUGAAAGAACGGAAAUAGAAGUCUUCACCGAUGCAGACUGGGUUGGUUCACGAGAAGAUAGGAUAUCAACUACAAGCUAUUGUACCUUUUAUUGGGGAAAUUUGUUAAUUUGGAGAAGUAAGCGCAAAAUGUGAAAGCUAGAAGUAAUGUUGAUGUUGAGUUUAGAGCAGUUGUACAAGGAAUAUGUGAAGGACUGUGAAUAAGAAAAUUAUAGGUUACGGUAAAACUUCUAAUCAAACUCUAUUGAGACAACAAAACAGCUAUUAACAUCUCUCUCAAUCCAAUCCAACAUGAUCGAACCAAAUAUGUGAAAGUAGACGGAAAUUUCAUCAAAGAAAAAGUUGAAGGUGGGAUUAUAUGGAUGACCUAUGUUCCAACCAAAGAACAAAUCGAAGAUAUCUUCACAAAAGGACUACUGCGACAAAGCUUUGAGGAUUUCAUUUACAAGUUAGACAUGGUCAACAUUUACGAUCUAACUUAAGGGGGAGUGGAGAAAUCCCGUAAUUAUUAUGGGAUUGAUUAUGUAUUAUUGUAUAACCAUAUUUGGAUUAGGAGAAUUUCUUCCUUCCAUGCUUAGAUAGUUACCUUAUUGGUCCCUGUUUGUAUACUAUAUAUUGAGGCCUAGAAUUGUAAAAGUUGAAGAGUGAAAAAUAAAAUAAUUUACUUCAAAAUUCUGCUCUAAUUAAUGAAGUGUAUGUUUGUCAAAAAUUAUAAUUGAUUAAUAACAGUGGGUUCCAAGGAAUAUGUGGUCAAAAAGUAGGUAAAAGUUGUGGGUAAUACGAAAUGUGUAGAUUAAGCCCCUGUUUGAUUGGCAUUAUUUGGCAAAAACAAAGUUUUGAAUAAUGAAUUUUUGGAGAAUGUGUGGUUAAAAAGUUGGAAGAAGUUUUGGAUUUAUAUGCAGAAUAUUUAUCGUAUGAAUGUGUGGUUGGAAAUGAGUAUGCUUUUUUUUACAACCAUAGGCGUUCGGGCCAACUCAUGCGUACUUCGAUUAAUCCCACGGGACCCUGAAGUUUGUAGCCGGGAACUUACCUCAGUGGCCCUGAGGGAACCUGAAACAGUGACCAUUGGAGAGCAAACUCAAAGCCUGACUACUGAGUUAUUCCUCAGGGUUAAUGUAAAAUAAAGGGUUCUGAAAUAAUUGUUAAACAGGGGCUAAGUACAGUAUGACCAAAUUUAUGAGUAGACGUGGAUUUUUUUCUUCGACUAGAUUUGUCAGAAAUUAUUACUCCAUUUUCUUACCUCAGUAUUUAUAAUUAGACCAGAUUUAUAUGUACAGCAGAUAGUGUUUUGUCUCCCAUUUUGGGAUUCUGCUUCAUUUGUUUAUUUUUUAUUUAGCCCCCUCUCUUUUAACUUUUCGGGCUUACUCAAAAGCUAUGGAUUGCAAGCUGAUGGAAGAAUUGAUGAUAGGUCCUUUUGGAUUAAUUAUGUUUCCCAUUUAUCUACUCAUUUGACAAUCCCAUUGGUAUACUCCAGGAUGAUGGCCAUUCACAACCUUGAUGAGAAGGAGAUGGAUGAUUCCCUCAUUCCCAAGACAGUUCUACUUUCCAGUGAGCACAUCACUGAUGAGGGAAUUUAUCUUCUCGAGAAUGGUGAAGAUUGUUUAAUUUAUGUUGGUAACUCUAUCAAUCCUGAUAUAUCGCGCCAGGUGUUAGGCAUUUCAUUGGUUGAAGAAAUCUCUAGUCAGUUUGUACUGCAGCAAUAUGAUAAUCCAUUGUCAAAGAAGCUAAACAAUAUUGUCAAUGAGAUAAGGCGUCAGAGAAGUUCCUGUGACUGCUUCACUGAAUACGGUUAUUAUUUUUCUACAUGCACAAUAUUUUCAGCAAGUAAUGUUUUUCCCUCUGGCACUGCAGCUUAAAAUUAUGCAGAAAAGGAGAUCCAUCAGGUUAGUGAAUGGAAAACCUAUUUAAACUAUCCAAGCCGGGGAAAAUGAAAAGAGAAGCAUGGAGCUGACAUGAUGUUGGACAAUUUUUUGGAUUUAGAGUAUUUUUUAGUUUGCUGUGGUCUUCUAUAAUCCGGUACUUUUGGUGUUUCAGGGACAAUGUUUUUCUCCUACAUGGUAGAGGACAAGACUUCAGGCCGGCUUUCAUAUGUCGAGUUUCUAAUACAUAUCCAUCAACUUAUUCAAAGAAAAACGCUUUGAAAAAAAUUAUACACUCGAUCAAUUUUGUUUACAAUUCUGAUUACCUUAAGGAUGGCUACACGGGAUUUCAAGAUCGAAAAUUGCAGGUUUUUACCAUAGUAUUCUGGUGGAUAGCAAAGCGGUAAUAACCUUGUUAUAGGUGGUUUGAUUGUUAAAUGGUUUUCCAUACUUGAUUAGAGGUUCUUGAUUUCGAUAAAAAUAAAUCAUGGUUUUAUGUAUUAUAUCUUUAUAUUGGUGUUUAUGAUCUCUCAAUUCAUUUUCAUUUGACCCUGUUAGUAAAAUUGAAUUGUACAGUAAGUUUACUAAUAGAUGGAUAAAAUUAUAUCAUUUUGGCUUA